CCGUGACGCAUGCAUGGAGUUUUCUUUGCCAUGAUGCUGCUCGUACAACCUAGAGGAAUUGUGAUUUCUGACUCAGUUCUGAACACGCUGCUGUCGUGAAUUGUGUUGCCUCGUGCCGGUGAGAAGCAUCUCAAGGACCCUCUUAAGAGGGAUCGACUCGGAGAACACGGCCAUCGUUACCAAGUGGUAGAAGACACCCAUAGGCUUGUGUUGACAGGACAACACAAUGUCAGGUUUAAAAAAGAGAAACUCAAAUUCAUCUAACCGGGAUGAAGAGGAUAACCAGGUGACGGAAAGGAUGCUCGGGGAAAAUGGGAACUCAAAAAGAACUGCUGACGGCUCUCUCGGGAGCCCAGACAAAGAUGCGAGUAAGGCUGUAGAAGGAGAAGAAACUGUUGUUUUACAAAGAACAAUAACUCUGGUCAAUGGUAUUGCUAUUAUUGUGGGUACCAUCAUUGGGUCAGGCAUAUUUGUCACGCCGACCGGAGUGGUCAAAGAAGCCGGCUCGGUCGGGGCAUCCUUGAUCGUCUGGGCAAUUUGCGGAGUGUUCUCCACCAUAGGAGCACUUUGUUAUGCCGAACUAGGCACCACGAUCACCAAAUCUGGCGGAGACUAUGCUUACAUUCUCGAGGUGUAUGGCUCUCUCCCGGCAUUUCUUAAAUUGUGGAUCGAGUUGCUGAUUAUUCGCCCGUCCUCGCAGUACAUUGUGGCAUACGUGUUCGCCACAUACCUCCUCAAACCCAUCUUCCCAGACUGUCCGGUACCGGAGAAUGGGGCGAAGAUAAUUGCUUGUUUAUGCAUCUUGCUGCUAACGGCUGUGAACUGCUACAGUGUGAAGGCGGCCACACGAGUACAGGAUGUUUUCGCUGCAGCAAAGCUCCUCGCUCUCGGACUCAUCAUCAUCAUUGGUUUUGUGCAGAUUGGCAAAGGUGAUGUGGCGGAACUGCUUCCAGAGAACUCGUUCAAGGGGACAAAGACGGACGUGGGGGACAUGGGGCUCGCACUCUACAGUGGACUCUUUGCCUAUGGGGGCUGGAAUUACCUGAAUUUUGUCACAGAGGAAAUGAUUGAACCUUACAAGAACCUGCCUCGGGCCAUCAUCAUCUCUUUGCCUAUUGUGACCGUUGUUUAUGUGCUGACCAACCUGGCCUACUUUACUACACUCACACCAGACCAAAUGCUCGUCUCUGAGGCAGUGGCAGUGGAUUUUGGGAACUACCACUUGGGACCAAUGGCAUGGAUCAUUCCAGUAUUUGUCGGCCUUUCUUGCUUCGGCUCAGUUAACGGUUCUCUCUUUACUUCAUCAAGGUUGUUUUUUGUCGGCUCUCGGGAAGGUCACCUGCCCAGUCUGCUCUCCAUGAUCCACCCCAGCCUGCUCACACCCCUGCCCUCGCUCAUCUUCACUUGUUUGAUGACGCUGCUCUAUGCAUUCUCCAACGACAUCUUCUCCGUGAUCAACUUCUUCAGCUUCUUUAACUGGCUGUGCAUCGCCCUGGCCAUCAUUGGUAUGAUGUGGCUGCGCUACAAGAAGCCUGAGCUGGAGCGGCCAAUCAAGGUAAACCUGUUGCUGCCCAUCUCGUUUGUGCUGGCGUGUCUGUUCCUGAUCGUCGUGUCCAUCUGGAAAACGCCGUCCGAGUGUGCCAUCGGCUUUGGCAUCAUCGCUACGGGCGUGCCUGUCUAUUAUAUCGGAGUCCACUGGCAGCAGAAGCCCAAGUGGAUGGUGAAUGCUAUCUUUUCCAGCACUGCUCUGUGUCAGAAGCUGAUGGAAGUGGUGCCCCAGGAAUCUUGAAUAAGAGCGGAUGCGGAUCCCGUUACCCCUUGCAACAUUUCAACACUCUCCCCUGCACGCACACACAUGACUUGAACCAUUUUUAAUCAGGAUGGCAAUCAUUUAUCAUUCAUUGUACCUUUUAACACUCCCAUGGUUUAAGACUCUCUGUUUUUAAUCAGGAAACAUUUCAGACAUUCAGUUUGAGGAUUUGUUCAAGUGAAUAUUUGAGCCACCUUGUGUGAUCUGUGGGCACUGUAGUGUGCGUGUGUGUGUGUGCAUGCAUGCGAGCGUGUGUGUGUGUUUGUGUGUGUGUGUGUGUGUGUGUGUGUGUGUGUGUGUGUGUGUGUGUGUGUGUGUGUGUGUGUGUGUGUGUGUGUGUGUGUGUGUGUGUGUGUGUGUGUGUGUGUGUGUGUGUGUGUGUGUGUGUGUAUGAGCGUGCAAAUGCCAGUGUGUGUGUGUAUAUGUGUGUGUGUGUGUGUGUGUGUGUGUAGUCCAUCCGCUCGGCUACCACAUUCUCCUCUGGUCUCUGCAAUUACAUUCUUAACAGCCUCCUGAAAACACACACACACACACACACACACACACACACACACACACACACACACACACACACACACACACACAUACACACAUGCACGCCCACACACAGAUACACUCCAUUUUUAGCUGUUCAGGUCUUAAGGGAGAUGGACCAACGUGCUGUGCCUUUCUUUGUUGUUUUUAUAGGGUCAAGUGUGUUUCUGUGUUUAGAUCCUCCUUUGGCCAUACAGUAGAUCCAUUUGUUUCUACUAUUGUUAUUGUCAUCGUUGUUGUUGUUGUUGUUGUUGUUAUUUGGAAGUUGCGCUUCUUGUGUAUUGCUAGCAAUCGAACACUAACAUACAGUGAGAAUAGCAUUUAAGUACCGUACUAAUACAUUGCAGUUCAGUACUAAUUUGUACAGACGUACAGUCUUGACUCCGCUACCUGUAAUGCUGUUCAACUGGUCCAUUCAGUAGACUACUAACUCGGCCUACUUUAGUGGUCCCAGCACUGACCAACAACACUGGGUGAAGGACUUCUCUGACCCAGUGUUAGUAGUAGUAGUAUUAUCAAGUCAGGAUGUUAGGAAGAGUAUUAAGUCAUGUGAAUGCAAAACUGGCACCACACUACAAAGAGACAGGACCAAACUGUUCCGUGUGAUACACAAGUGGGUAACGCCAUGCGUAAACAUACUGUAGUGUACCCUCUCCUCUAUACCCUUUACAUGAGAGAUGCCCUCUCUAUUCUGCACAGGAUAUGCCCGUUCCUUCUCUCUCUCUCCAGGAAAAGAAUAGCAGUACCUGUUAAGGAGUGGUGCAGCACUCAAAGUGAAUACAUUACCUACUGACACAGUUCGGUAUCGUAAUUCUCUGCAACUGGAAGUCAGCACCAAAUACGAUUUUUAGAAAAAGUGGUAGCACGACUUGCUCUGCUCGAGUUCAGUACAGAACAGAGGCGGCGCACGCUCAUUGGUGCAGGCCAGACCCGCUUCACAACUCUGCUGUACGGACUUCAUCAGUCGCUGAAACCGCUCCGACCCAUGUACCGUAGCGGUCUGUGAUCGUGGCGCUGGCAUGAAGCCGCGACUAUUAACAGAGUACACACUGGAACAUCAAAAACUGACCGUCAUCAGUACCUCAAUAAUGAUCUGCCAGUGUGGACACUUGCGCUCUCUCUCUCUCUCUCUCUCUCUCUCUCUCUCUCUGUAUGUGUGCGCUUGUGCGUGUGUGUGUGUUUGUUUGCUUGUGAGUGCAGUGCCACAUUCAAGUUACACCCGUAAUGUGUUAGAGAGAAAAGUGUGUUGUUGAGGAGACCUUCUGUUGGACACAAAUCAGCUGGUUUUUCUUUUUUCUUUCUUUUCCUGGUAAAUUGUGUGUGUGAUUAGACACUGAAAUAGGUGUUUGUCGUGUGACUCUUUGCGUGUGUGUGUGUGACUGUUGAGUUGUGUAGGAAAGGAGAAGGGUGUGUGUGUCUGUGUGUAAUUGUUGAUUUGAGUUGUGUAGGAAAGGAGUGUGGGAAAGUGUGUGUGUGUGUGUGUGUGAGAUUGUUGAGUUGGGUUGUGAAGGAAAGGAGAAGGGUGAAUGUGUGUGUGUGUGUGUGUGUGUGUGUGUGUGUGUGUAAUUGUUGAGUUGGUUUGUAUAGGAAAGGAGAAGAGAAUGAGGUAUAGAGCUGUUCAUUCCCUGUUGAGGAAGAAUGGUGAAUGUGUGCAAGUGUGUUUGAGCUCAUUCAUUGUGAAACCUAGAAGCCGUUAUUUCAUUAGCUAUUUGCCUCAAAGCUUUCUUUUUUUGUUCUUUUCUCUUUUUUAUUUCCAUCAAGUUUUUACUCUUCCUUUUUUCUCUUAGGUGUUGCUCUGUUUUUUUUCCAGCAGCAGUUUGACUAACCUUGUGGGUUGUGCCCCGACCCGUGAACCGUUCUGUAGAGGGACUUAUUUAUUUGUAGAGGUUAUACUGUAGUGCUCUUAUUUGUAUUUUUAUGGGGCAUUUGUAAAAACUGCUUCAGAAAUUAAAACAAAUGUGUCAGUCA